AUGAAGUCAAACUGCGUGAAUCUUGACAGGUUUCUGGAGGAGUUUGGCCACCUGGAGCAGAAAAUCACGGAGGUUAACGGCAAAAACAGCAUGUUGGAGAUCAUGCUGGAGGACGCCAACAGACUUCUGAAAUUCAGCCUGAGCAAAGAGAAGAGUCUGAUUGAAGAGAAAAGCAGCCUCCUCGCCACCGCAGACAGACUUCAGCAGACUGUGCAGGAGCAGUGCAACCUCAGAGUGGAGAACGACAGACUGAAGAAGGACAUAACAGAUCUGAAGCAGCAGAAUGAGAGAACAGCGGCGGUUGGAGAGGCUGAAGUUCAGCAGCUGCUCGGCAAACUGAGAGCCGAAGAAGAGCGCCACCAGAGGGAGCUAGAGGCUGUGAGACGGCAGUGCCAGCGAGAGGUGGAUGACGCACACAGGGAGCGUUUCAAUCAGCUGGAGGCUAAAGAUGCCGAAGCAAAGAAGCUGCUGGAGCAAAAAGACGUGGAUCUGGAGGAGCUGAAGAAGAAGCUGAAGGAUCAAGAGAAGGAGAAGCAGAGCGAGCUGCUGAAGUUACAGAUGGAGUUUGGUGCGAAGUUAGCCAGAGUUCAGAGCACAGCUCAGUUCAACCAGCAGCAGCAGCAGCAGCAGCAGCAGCGUGGGUCCAACCCUCUGCCACAGAGCGUCUUCAAGAGGAAGCUGCAGUUCUUCCAGGAGGAGAAGAACAAGGAGAUUGCAGCUCUGCGUCAGAGAAUCACAGAGCUGGAGGAGAGUCAGCGCGUCGGCAGCUUCGCCGACGGCCGUCUGAAGAGGAGGAAGUUCUAG